AUGACCCGGCACAGCCAGGCUCGUGAGCCCGUGCCGUACGUUACCCUCUCGCAGCAUGAGAAGUGCGAGGAAGCAGCCUACGAGGAGCGGUGGUACCCAGCUGGGAAGUGGGCGUGUGUCACCAAGGGGGAGCCCAUGUAUGAGCAGAGCAUCUCCAUGAGCUUCAUGAAGCUCAUGCGCUACAUCUGCAAGGACAACUCUGUAGGUUGCUAUCUGGGCAUGACAGUCCCAGUGCUCAAUGAAAUCCACCUGACCAAGGAGGGGACCGAGCUGGAACGUGAGGUCAUAACUGCCUAUUAUCUCCCGGGAGAGUUCCAGCAAAACCCCCCUGUUCCCAUGGACCCUGAAAUCCACAUCACUGAGAGGGCACCGCUCCGGGUUAUAACCAGGGUUUUCUAUGGGAUGACCACUGAGGAGACGAUUCUACGAGAGAUCAGUCUCUUCUGGGAGCUCUUGGGCUCCACAGACACUGUGCUCCGGGAAGCCUACAUCGUGGCUGCUUAUGAAAAUCCCAGCAUCCCUCAGCGUCGCAAUGAGAUCUGGUUCAUCUGCCGAGCAGAGUGAGUCCCCUCUGUGACGGCAAACCGUCCUGCGACUGGACCUGGUGUAGAUGGCAGUUCUGACCCAAAGGAGACGAAUGCACAUCCUGACCCACCAUUCACCCACAAAAUGACAGACCAGGAGACUGCGGGGUGGGUUUGCACUCUGCCCCGCAAGGGCCCAGCCAGGGGGAAACCUGCCUGGUCUGCACUUCACCUGCCCCCGCAGGGGCCAGCUGAGGCUGGAGCUGGCACUGGGGAGAGCCUCUGCAGCAGGCUUCUGGUGGGAAGCACGUCGUGGGGGCUCGUACGUAAGGCAGUAACUGUGUGGGCUUGUGCAAUGUGCUAGCCUGACCUGGGCUCCUCUCAGCUCUGAGCUGGGUUUGCAGAGCUGUGCCAGGCAUGCUAGUGGGGCUUGUGGUUGGCAGAGUCACAAGCUGAUGGUGUCUAGAAGGCAAAUGACUGUGUAUGAGGUGUGGGGCUCUGCCUGGGCUCUGGCCUGCUUCCUGUGGGAAUGGCUGCCUGUCCCGAACAGAGCCACUGAAAUGCUGCUACAGGGACAGUGGGGUUCAAGGGGGAAAAGGGCUCGCCACAAGUGAGAUGUGGAUCCUGAACGUUUCCUGCUGGGGUGC